UCCGAGGCGGGUAAAAAGGAAGGCUACUUAAAUCCCAUAAAUAAAGAGGACAGACCUUUGGGAACCUUCCACAUUGAUCACGUGGGACCGAUGGAAACAACAAGGAAGGCGUACAAUUAUAUCUUGGUCGUGAUAGACGCAUUCUCCAAGUUCGUGUGGCUCUACCCGACGAAAGGUACUGACGCGGAAGCUGUGGUAGAUCGACUCAGGAAGCAAUCAGCACUGUUUGGGAAUCCCAAGCGGAUCAUCACCGACAGAGGUGCCGCUUUCACCUCCAACCGGUUUGAGGAUUACUGCGCGGACGAGGCGAUAGAGCAUUUGCUCACAGCGACGGGAGUGCCUCGUGGCAAUGGUCAGGUAUAGCGGAUACACCGCGUAGUAGUGCCAAUGAUCGCAAAACUGAGCCGCGAGACUCCCGGGAACUAAUAAGCAAGUUGAUCGCGUUCAGCAAUUCAUCAACAACAUUCCGCCGCGUAGCACCAAGGUCUCGCCGUUCAAGAUCCUCACCGGCCUAGAGAUGCGAGUCAAGGGAAUUCCUCAGCUGCAAGAGCUGUUGGAGGGCGAAGCCAUCGACGAGCUGGAUGCGGAAAGAGAUGAGGGGCAUCACCGCGCAAGGGACAACAUCGCCAUGAUCCAAGCGGAGAACCGAAGGUCGUACGACCGACACCGACAAGCCGAGACCGAGUACACAACCGACGAGCUAGUAGCCAUCAAGCGAACGCAGUACGGGUCGGGUCUAAAGCUGAAAGCCAAAUACCUUGGGCCAUAUAAGGUCGUGAAAAUUAUGAGACGUGGACGCUACACGGUCGAGAAGGUCGGGGACCACGAAGGCCCGAACCGCACCAUCACAGUCGCUGAGUUCAUGAAAAGGUGGGACCCAUCAUCCGAGGCCGAAUGAUCGCGCAGGAUGGCCGAAUGUGGGAUUGGAACGACGGACUAAAGGAACGGACCUGACAGGCA